CUUUUGCUUAGCAAGGCUGCUACGAAAUUAUAACCGGUAUUUUAGCAUGAUCGCAUGUGAAAAAGUUCAUUGAGGAUUAUAUUCGUAUUCGUGUUAUGUACAGUGGUAGGGGUACGUAACCGCUGUGUAGACGUAGAUUUUGUCGUUUUCAUCCGACAUUAUUUGAAUUUCAGGCGACAGUUUAGUUUAGCUCAGUUCAUGCUGCUCGCUGGUAGAGGAAGCAUUCAUUUUUUUUUCUGAAAGUUUGUGUUUAGUAACUGUAAAGUACCUACGACGUGGAUGGUGUGAUUUUUGUGUUACAGAAAAUUUGGAUUUUAUAAAGUGACGGCGCAUCUCUAGAGGAAGAUUGAAAACAAAACUGACCAAACAACAAAACAAGACCAAGUCUCUUAUUGGACGGCUGGCUACCUGUGGAAUGGCAUCUGGAACUCCGCGAAAAUGCUCAGCUUAUUUAACAUGCCGGCAAACACUGAAUAUAAUGGUCAUACUGGGCUUCAUGUUCAACUACAUGCUGCGAGUCAACUUCACCAUAGCGAUAGUCGAUAUGAUCAAUGCUCCUGCCAACCUGACGAACGUGAAUGCGAACGAGACGACAGUCUCGAGACUGGAAGAAACUCGAUUCGAUUGGACCAUCUCGCAAAAGAACGAACUCAUCGGCAGCUUCUUCUGGGGAUACGUCCUCACCGAACUACCAGGCGGCCGGAUGGCUGAGAUAGUCGGCGCGCGCAAGAUCUUCGGCGGCGGCAUGCUAUUGGCCAGCCUGCUCACCGUCCUCACCCCCGCCGCCUGCCACCUCGACUACUACGUGGUGCUGGUGAUGCGCGCGGCGCUCGGCUUCUGUCUGGGCGCCACGUGGCCCGCCAUCCCGCCCAUGGCCGCCAAGUGGAUACCGCCGAUGGAGCGGUCCAAUUUCAUCGCCAACAUGAUGGCGAGCAGCUUGGGGGCGGCGCUCACGCUGCCCGUGUGCGGGUACCUCAUAGGGACGCUGGGGUGGGCGAGCGUUUUCUAUUUUACAGGCGGCAUCGGCCUCGUGUGGUCGCUGCUAUGGUUCUUCCUCAUCUACGACUCCCCUGCCCAACAUCCGCGCAUCACUCUGGAGGAGCGCAUGGAGAUCGAGGGGAAGAUCGCCGAGGGCGAGGGCAAAGGAGUCAAGCCCACGUCGGUGCCGUGGCUGGACAUUUUGACCAGCAUGCCCGUAUGGGCGAUCAUUUUGACGCACGCGUGCUCCGUGUUCGGAUACUUUAUGGUGGUCAACCAGCUGCCCACCUACAUGAAGGACGUGUUGAAGGUGGACAUCAAGAAGAACGGGCUGCUCUCCAGUCUGCCAUAUUUCGCUAAAUAUGCUAUGGCAAUCAUAGCAAGUUAUAUUGCAGACAGGAUGCGCAAAUCUGGAAGACUUUCCACCACAGUGAUCAGAAAGAUGUUCACGACUUUCGCGCUACUGGUGCCCGGAUUCAUGAUGAUAAUCCAGGCCAUUUGGGGACGAAACGUGGGCCUGUCGGUAGCAGUAUUCACAGGCGGGUUGUUCUUCAAUGGCGCAGUAACGGCCGGUUACUUAUCUAAUGGAUUAGAUAUAGCGCCCAAUUUUUCCGGGACAAUCUUCGGCCUGGCCAAUACUCUGUCUUCCUUAGGUGGUUGGGUGUCCACGAAAAUAGUGGCCAUUCUCACAGAGAAUAACCGUACUUUCGAUAGAUGGAGGUACAUUUUCUGGAUUUUGGUGGGAACGUACGUGUUCGGUGCCGUUUUCUAUUUGAUAUUUGGGACGGGAAAAUUACAGAAGUACAAUUCUGUACAAGAGACGAUCUUAGAUGGAAAAGAAUUGAAACCGCUGAAAACUAAGGCUGAGCUAGAGAAAGAGAAGGAAAUUAUUGCAUGACCUAAUGUGAUAUUUAUUGUUGAACAUGUGUGAUAAGUAUUCAUAAAAAAUGUAAUUUUUUAUAUAAAGUACUGCCAAAUAUAAACGAUUUGAAGAUAAUAAAGAACAAUGAAGUUU